AUGAUGCCUACCGGAAAGCCCAGGAUGGUUGUUCCUUAUGGCCUCAAGACUCUACUGGAAGGAGUGAGCAGAGCAGUUCUCAAAACCAGUCCCGGCAACAUCACUGAGUUUGCUGCUCUCUAUUUUAGGGAGCUGAUCGUUUUUCGAGAAGAACAUCCUAAUUUGGACAUUAAAGAUCUGGUUAGAGAAUUUCAUCUCUCUAGAGUAGAGGGAUGGGCUGAAGGUGCAGGAACAGCUGCAGCCCAUGGGCCACCCAAAAGGGCAGAUGUCGGAGAUGCGUAUAGGCCAGACUUAGAUGGAAUGGCUCCCAUGUCUGAGGAACCCAAAAGGAAGGAGAAAUCGACUGACACCGAAGAGGACCAAAUCAAUGAAGAACCUGCACAUGAACUGAGCACCAAGACUACCCAAUACCCAUCAAACCAUGAAGACCUUGUAGAUAAAGCUGGGGAUGAGAAGGCACGUGAACUUGCCUAUGUCCCAGCUGAUCCUGCCCAGCUAGCAGCACAGAUGCUAGCAAUGGCAACAAGCGAACCAGGACAACCACCACCACCAUAUUCUAAUGUAUGGACUCUCUAUUGUCUAACUGAUUUGAAACAACAAGGUCGUAAGUCACCUCCACCACCCCUUCCAACUAUGGAAACUGGUGCUCCUGUUUCCCAGGCAGCCCUAUUUAUAUCUAGUGGUAAGGAUCAGCCACAGUAUCUACAGCCACAGAUGAUACAAGGUCAACCACCAAAAGCAUCCUCUCCAACUUAUGUGAUGAUGGAAGAUGGGAAGAAGGGAAAUGCACCACCUUUCAUUUUAGUGGGCUCUUCUGUUCAGAAUAAACAGGACUGGAAACCCAUCCCUGGCCAUACAGUCCUUACACAGCCGGAUACUGGUGGUACCGUGAGAAGGUUUGCUACAAUACCUGUACCGGUCGCCAGGCCAGCAGAUCCAAAAGUGGCCAAUCCCAAUUUUAACUCAGCACAGGAUAGUGGUAGACCUCCAACUCCAGUUUUUCUUUCAGUUGCCAUACCACUGGAAGAUGUAAUGACUGGGAAGAAGGGCUCGGGAGCUGGAGAUAAGGCACCAUUUGCAGGAAGCUAUGGUAUAGCUGGAGAGAUAACAUUUACUACUGCCUCAGUACGCAGAACAGAAUAG